GUUUGAACUCCCGAUUUCUGAUUUGUGACUUCAAACGCAGUUUUGGCUUGUUUUGCUAUGUAAGUUCCUCACGCAGUUGUUAUGUUUUGCUACGUUUUAGGUUGUUGUUGAAAGUGAUACCUAGCUGAAUCCACUUUGGACUUCAGACUUCAGACUGCUUCAGACUACAGACGUACAGAGUUGACUUCAGACUCAAGAUUUGAGAUCUCUGAUACCAGCGUGAAGAACUCAUACAGCAACAUGCCAGAAUUGAGUCUGAAAACAGAAAUCACCAACGUAUGAAGUCUGAAGUCUGAAGUCUGAAGUCCUUCCUCGGCUUUCGUAUGAUUGAUAUAAUUUUUCUGUCAGUUAAGUACUGCUUUUGAUAGAAAGAAGCCCAGAACAGCAUAGCUUAUCUAGCUCUUUUCUGAAAAGACUGAAAUCCUUGCAUGAUUCGAAUUAAGCAACAGAGAAAACGUACUUGUUUUCAUAGCUUGAUAUGAACGAGAGAUGGUGUUGGAAUUCGAGACAAUUAUGCAAACCCGAGAGUCGAGCUGCAAAUUUUUGAAUCAUUUGUUUGGAGAAAUUCAUGUGCUAUUACGCACACAAAUCUCCUCUACAAGUCAUCUCUGCAUUAUGACUGGCCUUUAAAAUUGUUUUUGCACAAGUUGUCUUAAUUUUCAAACUUUUUUUUAGAGUUUUACGUCCGCUAACGCUAGAGGACAGCCAAGUUUACUCGAAGAACUUUCCUUUAGGUGUUUUGGACGGAAAAAACGCCUUACCCAAACAUGUUCCUAAUUUGAUUCUUCAAAGGACAACUAGCUAGACUCGCCGGAGCUAUAACCAUGGCCUACCGUAAUUUACAACUGAAUAAGAACUUGAAUAGUAGAAGUUGAAAAAGAAAUUGAAAAAGUAGAUCGGGAAAAGUUCAAUGCCACUAGCGGAUAGAACCGAUCUCCUGUUUACAUUUCACAAAUGAGCUAUAGGCAAAGUGAAUCGGUGAAGUGGUCUCAAUAUUUUGCUUUAACAACUGAAUCAAAACUUUUUUUAACAUCACACUAUUGAAAGUGGGCCACUUCUUCUCAAGGUCAACCUAGUCAAGGUUACUAAAAAUUGUCAAUGCAAAAUAAAUGUGCCAACUUGGUAGAUCUCGAAGCAAAAGAAACGCCAAAAACAAUUAGAAUCUCACGUCUUUUGUACGGCAUAGAAAAAGCCAUCAAAUCGAUGCGUUAUUUGCUAAAUCAUGAUUUAAGGUAGGUGUUUUUCUUGGUACGCCAGUUAGACAUGAGGCCUCUACUAAUUUUAACUAUUAUUCUCCUCGUAGGAUCUGAACUGAAGUGCGAUGGAGGAGCCAAGCAAUUUCACCCAACUAGAAAGCCAUGGGGAGGACGACCAGCCGCUGCCUAACGAAGGGACAGAUCAUAAGGUGGCAAAGAUGACCAUGAUUGGUCUCUACGUCAUUAUCUUCUUGUUCUCUCUAGUUGGCAAUUCCCUUAUCUUUCAUCUUGUCCGCACCCGUAAGAGUAUUCGCAAGAACCAGUUUUACUGGCUUAUUGUCAAUACAGCAGUUGCUGAUCUCAUGGAUGUGGUCACAGCGUCUGCCUUCUCAGUGGCAUACUUCUUAUAUGAGGAAAGAUGGGGACUUGGAGCAUUUGGAGCUUUCCUGUGCAAGAUCAUUCCUUUUCUGCUUGUAACUUCCAUUUGUGCUGCCAUUUGGACGCUCACAGUCAUUGCUGUUGACAGAUAUCUAGUUAUUGUAUGUCUCCGAAGAAGGGCCCUGUCAUCCCGAUCAGUGUUGUGUUCCAUUUGCGCCGUUUGGCUGUGUGCUGCGUUAGUAUCCAUCGGGCAGCUGUACAAAUUCAAAAUGGAAACAGAAGACGAUGGGACAGCCUACUGUAUCGACGAGUGGAACGAUCAAUCGGCGGAGACGUCUCUGCUUAUCUACAGAACGGAAAUGGUUACGAGGGUUGUCAUCACCUACGCAAUUCCACUUUUCGUCAUAGCAAUCUUGUAUUUUUUGAUUGCUAGAUUUCUGUGGAAGCGCAAGCCACCAGUCAGUGUCAACCAACAUGCUUACAAUAAUCAGAUCAGAAAACGCAAGACAGUGAUCAAGAUGUUGAUUACAGUUGUCACCGUUUUUGCGGUCUGUUGGUUCCCUGUGCACGUCAGUCACAUAAUGUCUAAGUUUCACCAAGAUGCUUACAGCGAUAUUCCAGAGGUUCUCAGAUGGCUGUUCUUCUGGCUGGCGCAUGCUAAUGCUGCAAUUCAUCCGUGGCUGUUCAUAGCAUUCAGUGAGCAUCUCAGAGAGGGAACAAAGGAGAUAUUUCGAGAUAUGUGUAAACCAAACCAGCUGAGAUUGCGUCACGGGUCCACUCCAAGUUUGGCAACCGUAAAUGAUCCUCUUUCCCGGUCUGUCACGCCCCCCAAAGGCAGCGUUCGCGGCCGUGCUGAACGCUUGCUGAGCUAA